AUGGCUACACGCAAGACGCGCUCGAGUACCAAGCCGGAGGAGCUGCCCGCUGCGCAGCGCAAGAAGCCCGGCGGAACAAGGGGCAAAGUGACGCGGGGGGCAACAAGUUCAGCCAAGGCGGCGUCUCCCGACGUGGAUGGCGAUGCGAUGCCCUUGUCUCAAAGCGAGGAGAAGAUGCUCGGGGAGCUUCUCAAACGAAGGACGGCGACCAAGCAGAAACAGGUAGUGGAAAAACAAACUGCCGUGCGCAAGAGAGCGAAGGCGUUAGUUGACGCAGAACAAGCCGCUACCGAAGAUGACGAAACUCAGCCGGCACGCAAAAAAUCGAAGAACGUGGAGGAGCCAGCGAACGAUGCAGAAGAGGAGGAUGACGACCUCGAGGCCGACGCUCACAUGGAGAGCCCCUCGCCCGUGCAUGCAACACGCGGUGCUACUAAGGAAGCGUCCAAGAACAAACGCAAGGACACCGCCGUGGUGUCCGAUGAAGGCGAGCAGAGGAUUGUUCAGUCACUUGGCUCUCGUAGGAAGGGUGGACUUGCGCUCAAGGAUGAUGAGACCGCAUCCGAUCAGUCGGAAGGCCGCGCCAAAAGCCCUGUCAAAACACCCCGUAAGGUCGGCCGAUUGAAGAAGCAGGCCUUCGUGAGGAUAGAUGUUUCGGCGAAGGGCAAGAGCAAGGCAAUCUCAAAGCUGCCCAGUACCGCGGACUCAGACGAUGACGAUGACGAACACUCGGGCAAGAUCAUAUCUGACCAGAGCAGCGAGGACAGUGGGAUUGAGGAUUUUAGAGACGACGAGGAUGGAUCGGACGAUGUCGUGGACGUGACACAAUCAAAGGGAAAGAAACAAGCCACAGGAAAAGUAGCUCGGGUCAAGGCUCGUCCGCGAAUCAAGGCGGGCGAUCUGCCUGGCGAUAUUCGCCCUCUCGUUAACGUCGCGCAGAACUGCCUCCGUCUUUACCUCACUCUCAACUGCGCGUGGACCAGUGACGCGACCGUCUCCAGCUCUCGCCUCAGUACCAACCUCGACGCUGUCAGCACUGCCCUGAAGGAAGCCCGCGACACGCGCGACAAGGAGGGGCACAAGGUGAAGACCCUGAAGAGCGGCUACAAUAUGUUGCAGGACCCCGAGGAUGGCGAUGAGCUGACGAAGAGGGUAUAUACGGUGGUAUGGACGACGGCAUCGCAGUUGCGGAACGAGGUGAAGAAGAAAGCCAAGGCCGUCAUUGAGCACGCGUACGGUAUGAAUACCCUCUCAACACAGCAACGCAUGUCUAUCGCACACUGGCUCCUUAAGGCGCACCCCAUGAAGUCGAAGUCAACCAGGCUCGAGAUUCCGAACUUCGUGUUCGGCGACAUGCACAUUGUCUGGCGGAAGGACCGAGUGGACACGAAGGAGAGCUUUGUGAAGAUACAGCUUCCGUUCAGGCACCCGGCGAUCGCGGAGGUUGUGGUGCAGCAGUGGUUUCAAGGCCAUUCCGGAGCCAGUAUGCCGGUGGAACGUUUCAGCGACGUGCCCGACAACUUAAUCUGUCUCGUCUGCAAUUCGAUCGAGGUCGCGUUGAGGGAGACAGCGACUGGCACACCGGUCUCAUUCUCCAACAAGCAAUAUGCUCCUAAGUGGAAUAAUCUCAUGUCGGUGCUCGGAGCCAUAUCCACCAGCGCCCCCGACUACUACCAGGACAUGAAGACAUUCCUGUGGAGUCGGAUCAGCACCCGGAUCGAAGGCAAGGGUGUGGACACGUCCGAAGAUGAACAGGACCAGGACGGCGAUUUCACGGACUUUGCGGCUGAGCUCCAGAAGCUCGUCAAGCCUGCGUCUACGUCCAGCACCCCGGCGUCUGCGAAGCCAUCUUCCUCCGCGAAGCCAUCUUCCUCCGCAAAGCCAUCUUCCUCUGGGAAGCCGUCCUCUUCUGCCAAGCCGUCGUCUUCCGCAAAGCCGUCCGCAAAGCCGUCCGCGAAACCGUCCGCCAAGACAUCUGCCAUUGCUAAGACUUCGACAACAAGAGCGGCGGUCACGCAAGACAAGGACCGUGACUCGGAUGCUCAUGAACAGCCAUCUGAGAUCGACGAGCUGGGUCCUGAAGGCGAUGAUGGAAAGGGGCGCGAGAACAGCGGUGACAAUCAGCCUGAAGAGCAGGAUGAUGAUGUUGUCGAGUGA